GUCUGGAGAACAGUCAUGACCAUAACGGGCUGGGUGAAGUCGUGUUAUUAUCAGCUGUUCUUAGUGUAUAUAAGGAGAUGUCCUCCUCUGCUUCAACAGGCUUCCACCGUCUCACUGAAGAAGGGUGCUAAGUGGCUCAGUUGUACUGUACAAACAUCAUCUUCUCAUCUUCCAAACACAUCAGUGCUCUCCACUGCUGGAAAAAUGAAAAACCUGAUCUUGGUCUCUCUGAUCCUCCAGCUGGUGAUCACAAUAAACGUGAUCAAUGGGUACAAGUUCGGAGACAUCAUUGCGUUUCCGAGAGGGUGCGAAAAAAAGCCCUUUCUCACGCACUAUGCCAUCUAUGUGGGUCCAAAAAGUGGCAUAGAUGUUGGCCAAGGUGACAAUGACAUAUUCCACCGCUCAGGUGCGAUCAAAGAGACGGCUGACUGUAUAUUUGGCAAACUGUCAGACACCAAAGGAAUAUGGCCAAAAGAGCAUGACGAUAAUUACUUUGAUGGCAUUGAUGGCUUCACUGUGGGAAGUAACGACCAAAUAAAGCAGCGAAUCCUUGAUACCCAUAAAAAUUGUGCCAAAUAUAAAAUCUUUGGCAACAACUGUGAACACCUUGCUACCUGGGUGCGCUAUAACGAGGCUUACUCAGUACAGACUGGUACAAUAGGUCAAGUCCUUAUGACCAUUGUGAAUAAAUCCAAGAAUAAGGACAAAGCUACAGAAAUAAUGAACAAAUUGAAGAAAGCUGAGGAUUCGGCCGGUGGAUGUGCAACUCCUGGUGACUAACAAGCAUCUUGUUAACCAAUCCUGUCAGCCUGUCUUGCUCUCUUCUGUACCUUCCUCAUGACAUGAGGUCUUAUUUGAAAUAAAAAUGAAUGAGCAAGAA